GCGUCUUUUCCACCCGCGCAGUGGGCGAUGGUGCCUUUCGGAUUCCCGUGCGUGGCGCGGCUCGUGUUGAAUUGAUCUGCGCCGGGGUCCAAAGUGCGCACACGUUCUGGAUCUGUGUGACAUUUCGCCUGUUUUUCUACCAGUGGACAUAAACUAUCGCACUUCCAAGUGGGGAAUUCUUUUUUGUUUUUGUCUUUUUUGGGGUGCACUUGCGGACCAUUGGGAUUCUAACCGCAGCGAGUUGCAGGUCUGCAUGGGCCAUGUUUAAGCUCUCCUGGUAGGAACUGAGUCUAAGAUGAAGUUAUGGGAUGUCGCGGCCAUGUGUUUGUUGCUCCUGAGCUCUGUCGCUACCCGGCCUCUCUACCAAAGCACUCAGCCAGCCAAGAGGACCUUUUCCCCCGCCAGCUCCCCUGAUUCUGCACGCCGGUCCGCAGAGGAGCGGGAGGCCGACUCGUCCGUGCCGAGCGUCGAGAGCGACCUGCAGGAGAUCUCCGUGGAGGAUCAAUAUGAUGUCACGGGUCCUUAUUCGGAGCAGCUUGACGACGUCAUGAACUUCAUCGAGGCGACCAUCGGCAGACUGCGGAGGUCCUCGGAGUCGCGGGUCUCGAGGGAGCAACGGCAGAGAGGGGCGGCAAACACACGAGGCGGCACGAGGGCGCGCGACGGCGAAAGGAAGCGGCGCCGGAGCAGAGGUGGCGGAAAAGCGGGACGGGGCGAACGGGACCGAGGGAGGACGUCAGCUCGUCCCGGUCGAGGCUGCCUCCUGAAGGAGGUCCACCUCAACGUGACCGACUUGGGUUUGGGCUACCAGACCAAGGAGGAGCUGAUCUUCCGCUACUGCAGCGGCCCGUGCGCCGAGGCCGAGACCAACUAUGACAAGAUCCUCAACAACCUCAGCCACGCCAACAAGCUGGACAGGGACACGCCCUCGCGCACCUGCUGCCGACCGGUCGCCUUCGACGACGACCUCUCCUUCUUGGACGACAACGUGGUCUAUCACACGCUCAAGAAACACUCGGCCAAGCGGUGCGCUUGUGUGUGAGACACGUUCAAAAACCUUCAAAACAAUGGCGCUGACAACGAAUAUACUGUUACAUUUACUCUUUUCUUUCUUACUGCGUUUUCUAAAAAAAAACAACAACAAAAAAAACAAAAAAACAAACCAAAAAAAAAGUACAAAAAAAGUUUCUUUCUUGUGGAAAACGUCCCAGGAACAUCCUUUUCUUUCUUUCUUUGGAGAAAACUCUCAGACACAACAGGAUUUAGCAGACUUGACACCCCAUCAUAUGAAUAUAUAGACAUACUGUGUAUAAAUAUCUUUCCAUAUAGAUAUACAGUAUAUAUAUGUAUGUAUACGCUUGUGUGUAAGAGGUAUAUUUAUUAAGAUGGAAUUAAUUUAUUGUUAUUUAUUUCAUUCACGACAAGUUGUUGUCUUUCUUAUUUAUUGAGAUGUUUGGUUUGUCCUAGACGCUGUCAGCAUGUUCACGUUCAUUCUGAAAGCUUCCUCCAUCCAAACUCCCCCAAAAAGAAGUUACAUGUGGAUGAGUGUAGACAAAGUCAGUCAGUCAGUCCCCUUUCACUACAAAGCCUUUUUACCCACGUGAAGCUGUUUCUCGUCAAAAUUGACCCCCGAAUUUGCCGGCUUCUGAGGGUAGAGAAUCAGAGUCGUAACAGAGGCAGGAUGGUGGCUGGUUGAAAGGAAAGAGCGGAAACAUGGAACCGCGGUGUGAAGUUUGACGCCUGACUAUUCUGCUUUGCUGGGUGGGGUAAGCCUCUCAUGUCCAAAUUUUGCAAAACUUUAGAGACUCAGGACUAAAAAACAAGCUUAUUUUUAGGUGGUCAAACAGAAACAUCUGGGGCUGACAGUGCUGCUAACUGGUUUACACUGACUGCCAAAGCCGGCUUUUACCCACAAUAGAGAAUAGAGGGGUUGUGGUGUCAGAAUCGAUUGGAAAUUUGUCGUCUUGGUGGUAGUAUCAGAGGCGUGACAGGAUUGGGACGAAAGGCAAACACUAAUAUAGUAAAACCCGUUUAUUUCGGGGGAUACGUUCCAGACCCACCCUCAAUAGGUGAAAAUCUGCGAUAUAGAGAGACCGUGUAAUUGAUCAGGCAAAAAUAUCUGGAACUUGUAGUGGUCCAGAGUAGUUGAAGGUACUAAUUUGCCAUCGUAUCUGGCCAUUAUCCAAUGUUUCCCUGCCUCUGAUGCGGCAAUUUUGCAGAAACUCUGUGUGAAAGGGGCUAAAGACUCAGGACCCAAAGAAGCCGAUGGUCAGAAACAGACUGUUUUUUUUUGUGUUUUUUUUAGCUUGUUGGUUUUUGUUUGUCUUUACUUCACGUGACCAGGCAGAAACAUCUGGGAAUCGCAGUCCUGUCCAUCGGUUGCAUGUUAACAAGGGAGAGUAAAAAAAAUAAUAAUUAAAAAAAACUUAGAGGAGGUCUCGGAGGCUUUUGGAGUCAAAGGAGCCGCCUGACAAUCCGCGACCCAAAGGCUUUUUCUAGUCCCCGAAGGGGGGAACAGGUCUUAACCCCACCCUCCCCCACUUCUCCACCCCAACAAGAGGAUUUGAAAGUGACACGAGUCUUAAGCAAACUUCCCCCGCCGGCUAAGGCAGUUUUAAGAGAGACGCUCGCUACUGUACGGCUGUCAGCGUCAAAGUGAUGUUCCAACAAAAGCAAAAACCUUUAAACCAGACGGAAUGGGGAGGGGUCACUGCGCGUUCUCUACAUGUGAUAACAUGUUCAAUUGAGGGAAUAUCAACAUCCCGAAUGAGGACAGAGCGGAGAGGAGAGUGCUUCAAGUGGAACAAAGAGUCCUCGGGGAGGGUCUUGACGUUUCCAAGGAUUAGGGACCAAGGUAUCUGUGCCCACCCGGCAACAAGCAAGGCAGCUUUAAAGCAUGUAAUCCCCCCCCCCCAACACACACAAACACACAAAUCCACAACAUGGAGAUGAAUUUAGGCCAAACACAAGGACGGAAAAAAAGCUCGCUUUUAUCACAGCAUACCUCAUCAAUUGGAUCAUCUUCCCUGUUUGGUCCACAAGUUUUUUCCAGAUGACAACUUUGGAGACUUCCCAGAAGCCCCCCCGUAUGCAUCCCACUGCUUUAGACAAGGUCUUCCCAAACCUUUCGGGUCCAGGCGAGACAUUUUUCUCAGUACCCCCCUCAUAAUCCUAACGCCAAUUAAACGUAACUUUCAUAUGCACCCUUAAAUGCCGUAGGAAUUUUCGAGAAAAGAAGUUGCAAUGUUACAAUAACAAAUUCAUAAUCUUUUCAGAAUUAUUUUUUUUUCCCCUCACGUUAUGAAAACAGAUUUCUUCAAGAAACAAAGAUGCAUUUUGUUGGGGGUAAAAAGUCAAUCUUCUGAGAAUAAAGUCGUGUUUUCAAGAAAUAAAGCCGUAUUUUGUUGUAACAUUACGAUAUUGAAGUCAAAGUUGAACGCACAUUUUAACAAGUGAAUUUCAAAAAUACAACUUUAUUCUUGUAAUAUUACAUCUUCUAUUGCGACUUUAUUCUCUAAAGACUCAAGACUAUACUCUUGGAAAAAAAAUGUACUUUAUUGUUUUGUUCUAUUCCUAAAAAAAAGGACUAUUUAUGCAAGGACGUCAGAUGUAUGUGACAAUACAUCACGAUCAUAACACAGCUUUUAUUUGGCCCAAAGCGCAGGUCGGGAGGAGUAACUAGUUUAUUAUGUUUGUUUAUUUGCAGGCAUAUUCUUUUUUUUUUUUUUUUUUUUUAAAGUGAUAUGACAAUUUAUUACAAAUGAUUUCGUGGACCCCCCAAGGGUUUGAAAACCUCGGCUUUCGACAGCAAAAGCUCACGUGUAACCAGUUUAUUUUUGUUCAUUAGUCGUCUAGUGAAGAGUUUGUCACACUUACUGCCGGGAUUUGUUAGAGCUGAUGUAAAGUAUUAUGUUCAUGUUAUGGCAAAACGUGAUUUAUUGUGUAUGUAUUUUAGGGCCCACAGGAAGAACUAAAUUUGAAAAAGGAUGCAAAAGAGGCCUGCAAAGGGAAACGUGUGAAGGGAUCCUUAGUGUUGAGGAUUCGGUUUCUGUCGUCUCGUGUUCCAGAACCAAAGCUCUCUACAAACUUUAUUUUUGUACAAUAAUCAUUUUAUAAAACUUUUUACAGAAUAAAAAUGUGUUUCUA